AUGGCAAGCCAUGCAACUCUUGCCUCCUCCAGAAUCCCUUGCAGCAUGGGGUUCCACUCCAAGACCAACUCACCCUGCUUCACCAAGACGCUAGAGUUUGCUGAAUUCUCCGGACUAAAAUCAUGCUCGAGCAUCACUUUUGCAGGGCAUAGCAGAGAAGCAUCCUUCUCGGAUGCAGCUAGAGAUGUUCUUCCAAAAGGGGUGACUGUUGCAAAGUUGAAGGUUGCAAUCAAUGGUUUCGGGAGAAAAGGUCAAAACUUCCUCCGCUAUUGGCACGACCGGAAGGACUCACCGCUGGAGGUCAUCGUUGUCAACGACAGUGGCGGUGUCAAGAAUAUCAUUGGCCAAAGAAGGCAGAUUCAACAGGAGGUUGGCAACUUCAAACAGUAG